AUGGAAUCAGUUGCAAGUCCGACAGUAAUCAUGUCAAUUGUAAUUAAACUGCAACUUUCAAAGCGCCUUCUGGCGGUUAGGCGUAGAGGUCGUGCGGGGUGGGAGGCGUACGGGGAGCGCGCUCGCGUCAGAUCCACGUGCGCUCAACGGCAGCGCUGGAAACGCCUUCGCUCCCGCACGAGCCCGCCGCAGUCGCUCCUGCAGCGCGCCGCUGUCAUGCAGAGCUCACUAGAGUCUGGUUGUAAGUGCUAUGCAUCGACAUUCGAAUGGUGCCUGUAG